AUGACUGAUAAUAAUGCAAAACAAAAACAUUCUAGUCUGGACGAGAAGACCACACAAACAAAAACUCUCAAGUGUGGCCGAGUUCGAUCCAUAGUCGAGAGCUCCAGAAUGAAAAGGAGACAUAAGCGAUCGAUAAAGAAGGAACGUCCGCAACUGAGUUCGUUUUAUCAGCAUCGCGGCACGCAUUUUUGCGAAUUCAUCGCUGCCACCGUAGUCGAUGCCGUUGCAGAUGUGCUCGCUCGCCUUUUCAGCAGCUGCUUCGCUGCAAUAAAUUCCCUCGGAAGUGCAAUUGCUUAUCUGUUUGCUGGUCAAAAAGCUCUUUGUGCUCGUUGCAUUUGGUCGGAGCUUACAUCUGCAAACUCUCUGAAUGAGGAUAUCAAAGAGUUACUAGAGCAAGUCAAGAUCGUGGAGGAACUGCCUCAUUCAACAAAUUUGUGCGCUGUCAAAGACUGGAAACCCAGGCUGCUCACCAAACUCCGAAUGAAGCUAACAGAACUCGAAGAACGUUAUCGUCAAAUAGUUGACACUGAUUGGAAUGAACACCUAAAGGUGUUGAGAAAGGAGGGUCCAUCAAGCUCUGGUAUCAGCUUCACCUUCUUUGAAGACUCAAGCGCAGUGGACACGUUCUUCACGAAGGCUCACAAUAUUGCAAAAAAGAAUGUUCUAUCUGAGGGGAGCACUCGAAUUCCCAUCCCUACACCUCCUUAUGAAGUGGAGCAAACUAUUACCAGACUGCUAUCGGAUAUCAGAAAUUAUAAAGCAUUGGAUCUCACGUAGAUAUCUCUACAAUCUCACUAGUUAUGUUGUGAUAGCAUACUAAUAAAUACGGGUUUCUUCCAU